ACACUGGCGAUUAUUUAACCCGGCGUCUUGUUCUCCUGAAAAAUAUGGCGGAGUAUCACAGCGACGACUGCGGCAGCACGCGCAAGUAUGUCUUCCGUCGCAUCAAGACUCCGAAGAUCAAGUUCAGCGUGAAGGCUCCCCGAGACGCCGCGAUCUGCCUCAGCCCCGACGAUUCGGAGCAGCCCGAAGACAUGUACGAGGUGUUCAUCGGUUGCUGGGGCGGCGACGAGUCCGGCAUUCGGCGGGGCAAGGAAGACGACGUCGUGAAGGUCGACACGCCGGGCGUGCUGAGCGACGAGGAACAUCGCGGCUUCUGGAUCACCAUGCGGCGCGGCACAAUCAGGGUCGGGCGGCAAGGAGAGCUCACACCCUUCAUGGUCUACCAAGACCCCCGCCGCCUCCUGCACGUCGCCUACUACGGCUUCUCGACGGGCUACGGCGCAGAGGGAGACUGGAUAUUCCCCGAUGGAGACGGCGAGGACGAUGGGUCGAGCUCCUCUUCGUCUUCUGAAUCCGAAGUUUCCUCGUCGGACUCUGAAGCCGAAGAACUGAACACCAUGGAGACCAGACCGAUCCAAUACAA